AUGGGAAGCGAUAUAGAUUAUCGUGACAUCAGCAGCAUGGACUAUGAAGAUCUGGUUGAGCUCGAGCACCGCCUCGAGCUCGACCUAAAUAAAGUUCGAGCUCGAAAAGUUCAUCUGAUUCAAGAGGAAGAGGAAAAUCUAAAGAAGAUGCAUCAUCAUAUUGGGGCCGGUAUACGCUUCUCGGUGAUUAAGUAUCACAACAGAAAAAUGCAGUAUCUGGAUGUGGAUUUGAAGGAUGUUCUAGUAUCUGGAUUUCCUGAUGUUUCUUGUGUUGAAGGACUUGUGUGCGAAGACAUUCCGUAUAGUCCUGCAUUUUGCCAUGUCGGUGGUGCCUUGUUCAUGGUCGGAGGUAGCUUGAAUCAGACUGAUCUCAGGUAUGGCUAUGAAUAUGAAACUCUUUCUAAAACAAAAUGGUUGUGGUCUACACCGGUACCGCCAAUAGCCAGUGGUGAUUCUUUUACUAUGACUUGGACUCGUCGCGACACUGCUAUGCAUUCAAGGCGAGAACAUCCCAUGGUAGUCCCGUUAUGUGAUGGCAGGAUAUUCAUCUGCGGGGGCAAUUCUGGACCAGAAUGCUGGCUUGAGAUAUAUGACCCGGAGAAAGGCGAGUUUGACAGGAGGGACUUGCCUGACCACAUCUUGAAUCCCAAUCCGUCGUCUUGCUUUCUGUGGGACGACCAGUCGGUUAUGCUGUGCUAUCGCCAGGUUAACAUAGAAGAAGAAGAAGAAUGCAAACCAUCACUCGUCUUGUAUGACGUGGAAAGAAACAACUGGGAAAUCUUUGCAGAGAACCUCCCCGCCUCUCAAUCCGGUUAUUGGGGGUAUGAUAACCUCAUAUAUGUGGGGGGAAACAUUCUAUUCAUUAUCGAUCAAGCAUCUUGUUGGUUUGUCUAUGAUCUGUCUGCCAAAAAGGAGGUGGGGAAGGUGGAUGUGAGGGUUAAGGAUUGGGAUGUGAUCAAGCAUGCUUUGUAUCUAGGAAAUAAUGAUAUGAUAAGUAGUAGUUGGAUCUUCUACAUAUUCAAGCCAAAUUAUGUGACGCCGAAUUAUGUGACGAAGUACUGCUAUAGGGAUCUUCGUUAUGCCAAGGUCGAAGUCAUCCAAGGCCCGGGCGGGGAUUACAUUUCUACAGUUCACUUUAGUGGUAUCCUGAAAAUUGGUGGCUUUGAUGACCUAUACAUUAUUGGUGACGAGGCGAGCAUUAAGAGAGCCGCGGAGGAGGACCACUUAAAAAAGAGAGAUGAGGAUGAGAAUGCAAUUGCUAGCCGGCGCUGUGUAACUCUCUCGAAUCCCGUCUCCAGCAAUAUGCCUGCCAAUAUGUGUAACGGCGACUCACCAACCAAACAGAGGUUGCUUGUGGUUGCCAAUAGGCUGCCUGUGUCUGCAAAGAGGCAGGGCGAGGAUUCGUGGUCGUUUGAUAUAAGCGCAGGCGGCUUAGUUAGCGGCCUUAUGGGGGUGAAGGAGUACGAGGCAAGAUGGAUUGGUUGGGCGGGAGUGAAUGUGCCAGACGAUACCGGGAAGAAGGCGCUCACUGCAGCUCUUGCUGAAAAGAAGUGCAUUCCUGUUUUCCUUGAUGAAGAUAAUGCUAAUCAGUAUUACAACGGCUACUGCAACCGUAUUAUCUGGCCUCUGCUCCACUACCUCGGGCUCCCACAGGAGGACCACCAAGCAACAACGUGGAGUUAUGAGUCUCAGUUUGCAGCAUAUCAGAAGGUGAACCGGCUGUUUGCGGAUGUUAUCCAAAGCCACUACGAGGAGGGUGAUGUUGUUUGGAUUCACGACUUCCACCUUAUGUUGCUACCGAAACAUCUCAAGGAAUAUAACAACAACAUGAAAAUCGGAUGGUUUCUUCACGAGCCAUUCCCGUCUUCUGAAGUCUUCCGCACUUUGCCAUCACGGUCCGAGCUGCUAAGUGCAGUUCUGAUGGCAGAUUUAGUGGGAUUCCAUACACAUGAUUUUGCAAGAAAUUUUGUGAGUGCUUGCACUAGUAUUCUCCGAGUUAAAAGUACUCCAGAAGCUGUUGAGAAUCAAGGUAGAGUUACUCGUGUAGCUGUGUGUCCAAUAGGGAUUGAUUCGGAAAGGUUCACUCGGGCUAUAGAGCUUCUUGAAGUCCAGAAGCUCAUUAAAGAGUUCAAAGAGAAAUUUUUAGGAAAGAAGGUGAUACUGGGCGUGGACCGUCUUGACAUGAUAAAAGGAAUCCCUCAUAAGUUACUAGCAUUCGAGAAGUUUCUGGAGAAAAACGAAUAUUGUCGUGAUAAAGUGGUAUUGCUUCAGAUUGCUGUGCCAACAAGAAGUGAUGUUCCUGAAUAUAAAAAACUUAAGAGCCAAGUUCAUGAAAUUGUUGGACGAAUCAACGCAAGAUAUGGAAGUUUGGAUUCUGUUCCUAUUCAUUAUCUGGAUCGUUCAAUCGACUUUUAUCCACUGUGUGCAUUGUAUGCUAUGUCUUAUGUAGCACUUGUUACUUCAUUGCGGGAUGGAAUGAAUCUCGUCAGCUCUGAGUUUGUAGCUUGUCAAGAUUCGAAGAGGGGCGUCCUCAUUCUCAGCGAAUUUGCUGGAGCAGCAGAGUCUCUGGGUGCUGGUGCGGUUAUCGUGAAUCCUUUGGACCUUAUGGGAGUCGCUGCAGCGAUAGGCAAGGCUUUGGAUAUGCCGGCUGAAGAGCGAGACGAGCGCCACAGGCAUAACUUUGAGUAUGUCACAACUCAUACUGCUCAACAGUGGGCUAACUUCUUUGUAAGGUGA